CCUUUCGUCCUCCCGCACCAAAGGCACAACCAUGAGUCUUCUCCUGGAGAAGAUAGUCUCUAAUGCGUCGGAUUGGCGAUGGAUCACCACGGUGCUGGUCUUCGCGCUGUCCUACUUACUGGGCCGCUUCUACCAUCGAGUGUCCAAGUACCCGAGGGGACCCUUUCCACUUCCACUUGUUGGAAACCUCUUAGCGCUUCGCAAUGUUAAGGACCUGCACUCCAAGGCGACCGAACUGACCAAGACGUACGGUGACGUGUUCACCCUGUGGAUGGCCCACAAGCCCAUGGUGAUCCUGAAUGGCCAUGCCGCCAUUCGCGAAGCGUUCCUCGAGCGUAGACACGAGUUUUCCGGACGCUUCCAGACCAAAAUGGGUGAAUUGCAAACUCAGGGAAACCAUGACAUUCUAUUCGAAGACUACAACCCACGAUGGAAGGCCCUCAGAAAGGUCGCUCUUGUGGCUGUCAGGAAAUACGCCGUGAGCGAUUCCCUGGAGAAACUAUGCGCAGACGUAGUUGAUGCCUACGUGGACUCAUUGCCAAACGGACCUCAGAUCAUCGACUCAAGAAAGCCUUUCUUCUACUUGCUCUACAAUGUGAUAGGAGUAUCCGUCUACGGCACAGAUUUGAAAGAAGGGGACAAGGAUAUCCGGCGUCUGGAAGCAAUCGACAGCCAAUUCGUCGAGGUCGCACCCAACGGACUGCCGAGCGACAUCGCGCCCUGGUUGGCGUUCCUGUACCGCGGACGUGAGAAAAAGAUCGAAAACUUGUUUGAAGAGUUCAGGGAGAUCGUCAACAAGCUUUUCACCAAAGCUGAAGCCACCUACGUCCCAGGCAAGACCGAGAACUUCACGCACGCCAUGAUUGCUGCUAGGGAGGAAGCUAUUCGGGAGGAGAAAGGAGACGCUGAAUACCUAACCAAAGGAAAUAUGGUGCAGGUUGUUCUGAACAUCUUUGGAGCUGCGACUGACACUUCGGCUGGAGAACUUCAGUGGCUGUUUCUAAUGCUAGCGAAGGAACCGAGCAUACAAGAAAAAAUCCAAAAGGAAAUCGAGGACACCAUCGGGAGCACGCCACCAGUUUACAAGGAUAGAGCCAGACUUCCAUAUACUGUCGCAUGCUUGCUGGAAGCACUUCGCUUCAGGCCCAUAGCUCCACUCGGUCUACCUCACAAGACGUCCACUGAGACCAAAGUUGGAGACUUGGUCAUACCCAAGGACACCGGGAUCCUGUAUAACGUCUACGGCGUAAACCACGACCCCAGGGUGUGGGAGAAGCCGGAAGAAUUCAGGCCCGAGCGCUUCUUGGACUCGGCCACCGGAAAAUUGCGCCAGGACGCCAGCCCUCUGAUAACCUUCGGCAUGGGACCCCGGACAUGUCCCGGAGAAAAGCUGGCACACGUGGACAUGUUCUACAUCCUCGUGCGACUCAUGCAGAGACUAAGUUGCAGCGCACCAGGCAAGACGUCGGAUGUGAACCUCAACGGCAAUGACUCCAGCAUCUUCCUGCUGCCCGAAAAGCAGAACAUCGUGCUCACGAGAAGGAACUAGACUUUGGUUCGGCCAAUGACCUUGAUUGUUA